AUGAGGGAGCUGUCAACAUCCUGUCGUUACGUCAACAUGAAGAACCACAUCGGCCUCAGUGUGAGUGGAGAGAGAGAGAGCGUUCAGAAGAGGACAUUUACCAGAUGGAUGAACCUACAUUUAGAAAAGUGUAAUCCUCCAAUUGAAGUCCAAGAUCUCUUCCGGGACAUUCAAGAUGGACACAUCCUCAUGGCUCUGCUGGAGGAGCUCUCCGGCUGCAAACUGCUGCAUGGAUUCAAAAAGUCCUCCCAUCGAAUUUUCCGACUCAACAACAUCGCCAAGGUCCUGUCAUUCCUGGAGGAGAGAAAUGUGAAACUGGUGAGCAUCGAUGCGGCUGACGUUGCCGACGGAAACGCCUCCAUCAUCCUUGGCCUCAUCUGGAACAUCAUCCUCUUCUUCCAGAUUAAGGAACUGACUGGAAACAUCAGGAGCCAGUUCCCGUCCUGUUCCAGCCUGUCGUCUCUUCCCAACAGCUCAGACUCGGACACGUCCUCGAGCACCCCCUCAGAGGAGAGGCAGCCCCCUGCUCACCCAAUGCGCGAGCACAGCAAAGCCAUCAAGAAACUACUGCAGUGGGUGCAGAGGCGGACGCGCAAGUAUGGAGUGGCUGUACAGGACUUUGGUAAGAGUUGGACUAGUGGUCUGGCCUUCCUGGCUGUGAUUAAAUCCAUAGACUCCAGUUUGGUGGACAUGAGGAAGGCCCUGCUCCGAACGCCCAGGGAGAAUCUGGAGGAUGCUUUCCGGAUAGCUCACUACAGCCUGGGCAUCCCGAGACUCCUGGAGCCAGAGGAUGUGACUUUGAACACGCCAGAUGAGCAGUCCAUUAUAAUGUACGUGUCUCAAUUCCUGGAGCACUUUCCCGGCAUCGAGGAGCCUGAAGAGCCUCUCCAAGUGAUCGAACGCAGCAUCUCAAUGGGGAGACUGAACUUCAGAGAAACUGAUGCAGACCACUUCAGGAAUAGGGGAGGGAGAGUACGGGAGAGGUCCUAUAUGUUUCAAAAGGACAGCUCCGCGCCCCCUCCCAAAAUUUUGAUCUCUUCUGUAUCCGAAGAUAGAGGCAUUGUAUCGCCACCGUUCAGACAAGCUGCUACGCGAUCCUGGUCUACAGAAGAGUUUUUAUCCAACUCCUCGAAUGUAGAAGAGAAAAGUGACAGCAAAACAGAAGAUAAAACUGAAGACAAAAUCGAAGACGGCUCUAGCAACGUUGUGAGUGAACCCCAAAAAGACACAAUUGAAGAACUAAGCAACUCGGAAAUAAGCAGCUCGGAAUUGCAAUGUUCCGAACUACGCGAUAGCAAUUCCCCGACUGAUUCCGCCUUACCUGAAUCGGUAAUCGGAGAUUCGGCUGUAAGCUCGCCGGAUUCCUGGAUGGAAAGCGAAUACAAUGUUACGCCAGAGAAGUUUUCCGAAAUCCACAGCGAUGGUUCUUUGUUUGAUAGUGGAACCGCGUGGGAUAUUUACCGCGCUACGCCGGUGGAGAUUACGAAUAGCGAUGAGGGACUGGCGCCGAGCGAAGAUCGACUUUCGGACGAGCAGCAAGAAUCGUACAUCGACGAAGGAAUUUGUUCGUUAAGUUCCUUAGAAAGUGCGCAAGAAAGGGUUGACGUACAAGAGAUGAAGCAAAAAGAAGGGGUGAAAGAAACAGGAAAUGAGAGCCAGGGAGUAAAAUUGGAACAGUUAGAUCACAAUGAAGAGAUAGCACAGAUUGACAGAAAAGUUGGCGAGACUGAAAAAGCAAGUGAGUCAAAUGGGCUUGACAAUGAUGGAAAAGUUAUUGAUUCAGUAAAGCAGCCAGAAACAGAGGAACAGACUAUAAGUGUCACAGAAGUUAAAAUGGAAGUCAAAGCAACUGCAUUUGAUGUUGAUGGAGAAAAUGGGCAGUCAAAUGUUGAAAAUGACACUGAAGUGAAAAGCAACUCCCAAGUAGCCCAAAAUGAACGCCCCAAAUUGGAUUCGGAAGGUAUAGAAGAGGUUAAGCAAGAUGAUGCAAGUGUUGAAAGUUCUGAAAUUGUGGAACAUGUUGAGCCGCCAAGUGAUUUUAAAGAUGAUUUAGAACUUUGCGAUGACGCUGAAAAUGCACCGAGCACCAGCCAGGAAUCUACCCCGAAUUUGGCACCUAUAGCGAGCAUGACAAUACCACUUAUUUCAAUUUCUAGCGAACCAGAUGACCAGUGUCUGUCAGGGUCAGAUUUAGAGGAAAAUUUCGGAAGUGACUCAGAAAUUAAGGAGCCCGAAGCUAGUGCUGAAAACGAAUUUGAAAACCACGGCGUGAUCGCGUCUUGUUUCAUAACUGAGAACAUAGACUUGAUAGCGUCAGAGGAGACUUCAGAUUUUAAACGUGAAAAUUUGAAUGAAGAAUUUGAGAUUGUGGAAGAAUAUGUGGAGAUAAUCGAAGAUGUAGUUUCUCAAAAUGUUGCUAAAAAUGAAUUGGCUUGUUCAAAUUUGCAAUCAGAUGAGCCAGAGAUGGUCAUAUUGGUUAGUGAUCAACCAGGAGAACUUCGCAACACCAUUUCUGCAUCUGGAGAAUCAAACACACAAGAAAUAUCAAUGGGUACACUUACGUCCAAUGGCAGUGCUGUUUCUAUAACUAAUGACUCUGCCAAUACGCCUGGAAGCGAUUUGUAUAAAGAUUAUAAAGAGGAGCUUGUGGAUCUAGAGCCUAUGGACUUGUUCUAUCCUGACAAAGACGUGCCCCCAUAUUUAGAACCAACGGAGGAUGUCCAAAGCUGGCCUUCUGUUUUGAGUGUAUCGCCCUUGCAGCCUGCCCCAGCCUCUCAGGACCCAUCAGAGGAACAGACUUUCACCCAGCCAGACGAAUACUGGAGCGGGGAACACGGGAAGACUGAAACGGCGCAGAUGCCCUCAGAAACCCAGGUUCAAGUGCCUGACCCGACCUUUGACCCUCAGGACUGGUUUGGUGAUGUCUCUGUUAAACCUGAGUCUAAUGAAGAAGACAUCAUUGAUCUGAGAACAGCUCCUUCUGCCCGAGAGACCACAGACCCCAUGAGAAGUUACAUUAAUAGCUGCAGCACCGGACUGGAUGGAAACCAGAUCCCUACAGUUCUCCGCCACAGAAAGGGACUGUGCUCCUCACAACACACGGACAAUCAGAGGAGCACUACAUCAGCUGCCAGCAGAGACCACAUCUCUGAUUAUGGGCUCGGGGACAGCUGGGAGCCAUAUGUUCUGCUGCUGCUGUGGCUGCUGCUCUAUUGCUUCUGGGUUUUGCCGCAGUUGGACCUGAAAGCAGUGCCCAGUCUGUUCUUCAACAUCAGACACUAGACAACACACUGUAAAAAUAAAGAAAUCUACAUGAGUUAAAGGUUCCAAAUUACACUAUUUUCUGAUCUCUGUCAUAAUGUUGUUUCCUCAUCAAAAACAUACCCAGAGUUCUGUUUUGUUUGAUUGACUCAUGUAGAAGACACA